AUGGUUUACGGCGGUGGUGGUGGUGGUGGUGGUGGUGGUGGCAGUGGUGGUGGUGGUGGUGAUGGUGGUGGUCGUGGUGGUGGUCGUGGUGGUGGUCGUGGUUGUGGUGGUGGGGGCUGUGAUGGUGGUUAUGGCAGUGGUGGUGGUGGUUAUGAUGGUCGUGGUUGUGGUUGUCACAGUGAUGGUGACUGUGGUGAUGGUGAUGGUGGUGGUUGCAAUGGUGGUGGUGGUGGUGGUGGUAGUGGUGGUGGUGCUAGUGGUGAUGGUGGUGGUUGUGAUGGCCGUGGUGUUGGUUGCCAUGGUGGUGGUUGUGGUGGUGGUGGAGGUGGUGGUGGUGGUAGUGGUGGUGUUGGUGGUGGUGGUGGUGGUCGUGGUAGUGGUGGUUGUGGUGGUCGCUGUGGUAGUGGUGGCCAUGGUGUUGGUGGUGGUGACUGUGGCGGUGGUAGUGCUAGUGGCCGUGGUGGUGGUGAUAGCCAUGGUGGUGAUGGUUGUAGUUGUAAUGUUGGUUGUAGUGGUGAUGGUGGAGGUGGUCGUGUUGGCUGUGGUGGUAUUGGUGGUGACCCUGGUUGUGACUGUCGUGGUGGUGCUAGUGGGGCUGCAAUGGUUGAGGUGGCCGUGGUGGUGGUUGUGCGUUUCGUGGUGCUUCCAUGGUGGAUUGUUCUAGUUCAUUUUAGUUGUAGAUCUGGAGUUGUUUCGCUGGCAGAGAUGAAGAAAUGGUUUAUCUGCUUGCGUGGAGGAUGCGCUGUGGAGAAGAUGGAAAACGAUGGUGGCGCUACCAUAGAGUGCGCGAGGUGCAGAGAUAAUGGAGACUGGAUGCAAAGUUGCUGCCAUGGUUUCCAGGUGAGAUCCGUGAAUGGCACAAGUGCGGUGGUGACGCAGGUGUUACGGUGGAUCUGUUGCAGGUUGGCUGCUGUGUGGUCUUCGGCAUGGUGCAAAGGGCGUGGAGUUAUGGUGGCCGGCAAUGGUGUAGGUGUAGGCGGUGGCAGGUUAGAUGUGCGAAGCUGUUCUACUGUAGAUCUGUGGUGGAAUCGUGGUGGCCGGCGGCGAGAUUGGCGGCUAGGGUGGCGCUGCCAUGGUGAUGGAAGGAGAUGA